AUAAUACCGGCGCCAAUGAGCACCUCGUCAGUCCGCAGACUAUUGAGGAUGUCUGCGCGAGGUAUCCCCGGAAGCAGUGGAGUAGUUGCUUUGCGGCGAUCAUUCGCAAGGAGGACGGGCUGAAGCCGUGGGCGCAUUCCACCACGCUGGGGGAGGAGGAGUUUCCGGCUAAGGUGUUGGGGAAUAAGCUGAUGGCGCCGUUUGAAUGA